UUUUGUCAUUUCACUUUUCUGGUCGGGAGGCGAUAGACCUGCGCGACUGCGCCGGCAUCCUGCCCUCUCUCCUCACUCCCCCCUCCCGCGAACCCUAGCUGCUCUGUGCCGCCGCCGCCGCUCUCCGGAUCUGGAGCUCCGUUUUCGCUAGCCUCUGUUGGUUCCGGAUCUGACCGCUCGCCGUCCGUCGUUGCCACCGCGGCCGCCAUGGGAAAGGGGGUGGCUAGAGUUUGGUGCUACUGUCUGUUCCUAGUUCGGCCGUGGUCGUCUUUCUCCUGCAUUUCAGUUUCAGCAAUCUAACAUCUUAGAAAUCUCAAAAUGGCAUCCAAGUAUCCUAUGUUUACUGCUGACCAUACAGGAGCUGCAUCAUCAUCGUUGGUUUACGAAAAGUAUGAGAGCACUGAAGGCAAUGUUUUCAAGGAUGAUGCAAUUGACGUGAAGAGUUACAUACAGAUAAGGCAUGCGGUUGCUAUGGCGCCUAACAGUGCAGAGGCGGAGGGUAAAAUGGAGAUUCCAGGUGAAAUUGUUAACAGUAAGGCCUACAGGACUGCUACAGAAACUGGGAAGAAAAUUGGUAGAACAAUUCUCAAAGGAAUGCGGAAGAGUGAGCUUGCUGGUCUGUGUUACACUGAUUUCAGCAUUGCAGACGUUUUUGUCAGUACGUCUGGAAAGGCCAAGCUGAAAGGAGUCCGGCGCAUCAAGUUUUGUAUGACGCAGCAAUUUAACAACUAUGGCGCAGUGUGUGCAAUCAUGACGGAGCUAUUUACACUGAAUGGGCAGAUCCCAGCGGAAAUUCAACGUCUGAUUAAUCUCAUGCGAACAAGGUUUGACUUGAGAUUCAUGUAUCAUCUUCACGGAUCUUUAGUGCCCAUUGCUCGUUCUACUCUUUUGUACAAAACAUUAUAUGAGCAGCUAGAGAUAUCCACUAUGGACAAAGCAAGAAAGGACGUGAUUCUUUUGGGUCUCCCUCUCUUGUCUCAGUGGAAGGGGCUCGUAGCCACGAACUGGCUACUGAAGUGCACAUUUGACCACAAGCAGAAAGAGUACAAUGAUGGUUUGGGCAGAUAUACACGUCCCCCCCUCCCUCUAUGGCGCCUAACAGUGCAGAGGCGGAGGGUAAAAUGGAGAUUCCAGGUGAAAUUGUUAACAGUAAGGCCUACAGGACUGCUACAGAAACUGGGAAGAAAAUUGGUAGAACAAUUCUCAAAGGAAUGCGGAAGAGUGAGCUUGCUGGUCUGUGUUACACUGAUUUCAGCAUUGCAGACGUUUUUGUCAGUACGUCAGGCCAAGCUGAAAGGAGUCCGGCGCAUCAAGUUUUGUAUGACGCAGCAAUUUAACAACUAUGGCGCAGUGUGUGCAAUCAUGACGGAGCUAUUUACACUGAAUGGGCAGAUCCCAGCGGAAAUUCAACGUCUGAUUAAUCUCAUGCGAACAAGGUUUGACUUGAGAUUCAUGUAUCAUCUUCACGGAUCUUUAGUGCCCAUUGCUCGUUCUACUCUUUUGUACAAAACAUUAUAUGAGCAGCUAGAGAUAUCCACUAUGGACAAAAGCAAGAAAGGACGUGAUUCUUUUGGGUCUCCCUCUCUUGUCUCAGUGGAAGGGGCUCGUAGCCACGAACUGGCUACUGAAGUGCACAUUUGACCACAAGCAGAAAGAGUACAAUGAUGGUUUGGGCAGAUAUACACGUCCCCCCCUCCCUCUACAAGCAACUGCAAGGCAGAGACUUGAUAGAAAGCUGCUGGAGGCCCAGGACUUCCUCGACUAUCUCCGAAACAGAGGAGCGCACCGGAUGGAAUAUCUAGGACAUUUCUAUACACGGUCUCGGAAGAAGUACACGGCUGAUGGCUCGGACAGGGCUUGUGAGGUUCGUUUCGCGGAAGUAACAUGUUACUUGCAGGAACAACUGUCUGACCAGAUCCAGCAGAUGAACACCAGCGAAAUUGUUUGAUUGAUUGUGUGAGCAGUGUGAAACAUGGAAACAGCUAACAAUGCUGAGGCUUCAUAUCCAGAGAACUGUCUUGGGGCCGUGUGGUGACUUGUCAGGAAUUGGGCGCAUCUUCGUGUGAACUCAACUCUUCAUUUCUGGGUCACUGCUUACCUACUGCACUGCCAUCUCGAAGCUCAGAUUACCUUUGCUUUGGAUGAGACUUUAUCUAACGUUUGAUGCUAUAUUUCCAAGUGUCAUUUGGAUUUGGUGAUAUUCAGCGAAGCGAACUGUUAAAAUUGUGCUUACUUUGGAUGACCUAUCAUUUUGGUCGUAUUCAGUAGUAUUCGUCGCAUUUGUACUUUCACCUUGUUCUGUCUUGCCUCGGUAAUUUGCAGGUCCUACCACUGAUUGAUCGUUGAACAUCUGAUUUGGUUAUUUAUCGCAUUAAGCCAAUCUUCUGCA